AUGGGGUACGAGGGAACAUUUCCCCCUACCAUCAAGAAGUUGCUUCCUCCUUGUUGGAAAUAUCUGGCCCACGUGUUUGUGAGCUGUGUUUUCGGCAGGAGAUCAGGUGCAAAUGAAAUCUCCCUGGCUAACACAGGAGCAAUCGCAGCCUUAGCUGCAGGAUUUGAGUUCAACUUCUCCAAGUUCAUAAUGCAUGAGCUGGUUCUAAACCUUGAAGGGAGCAAGAGGGAUAAAUUCUUGAUGUACCCAAGAUUUUUGCAAAUCAUCUUCAAUGUGAUGCAUCCUGAGCCGCGGAGAGGUAAUGAAGCCUUGGAUCUCAAAUCCAAUGUGAUCGAUCAGAAUCAGGAGAGCAGUCCAUCCCCAUGGAAUCUGAAGACAUUGUUCAUUCAACUUCUGAGCCAGAAAAUUGAGGAGGUUCAUGAUUCUCCUUCAGCCGCUGUGGCUGAGGAACAUGAUCAUCAAAAAGAAAAUGAAACACUAUCUGCUCAAGAGGGUGAUGAUGAUGAUCGUUAUGAUGACAUAGAGUUUUUGAAGGAAAUUGAUUUUACAGGGAUUAGUGAUGACAUCCCGACAAAUAUAGAAUUUGAUCUUGAUGAUGAAGAAUUCGGUCUGUUUCUUGGAAUCCCCAGCAGCUGUCCUAAUAAAGUCAAUGAAGUUUCUUCUUCAGCAACCAAGACUAGAGAAGAAGGAAAUGUUCUUAAAAUUUUCCUCUUUACAUCAAAGGCCCUGGAGGUUGCAUCAAGCCAAGGAGAGGUGACAUCAGAGAUUUCUCCCUUUGUGUCAUCCAUCUCAACAUCUGCUCCAAUUGUUUCUGACUCAACUCAGCCCCAAACCUCUCAGUCUUCCAUGGAAACAAGUCAAUCUUUUGCAAGUCUGGAGGUACCCACUGUGGGUAGUGCUCCUCAAGUUCUCUCCACAAUCACUACUACCACUGCUUACUCUUCAUCAAAAUUAUCUGAUGAAGUUCCGAGCACUAUGUUUGAAACUGGUGGCUCAUCAUCCAUACCAGAAUACUCUCCCACCAGACCUUCAUUAGAUGAAGCUUAUAUAAGCUACUUCAAUCUAAAUAACAUUAUGUAUGAUGCAUUUGGUGAAAAAGUCAAGGCUGUUUUCCAACAGCCACAUGGAAUCAAUGAUCCUCCCACAGCCCACUCACAGUCUGUUUCUGACGACCUUCCUGUCGAUCUACCUGCUCCUAGAACAACCACUAUUGUCAAUAGAUUUGAAAAGGAGUCGGAAGGAAGAAGAGCCUGA